UCCAAAACGAGCAAGUGCAUCCGAAACAAACACAACGCCUACACAGUAGGCGAAGUAGAGACCGUAGCUAACCUGCGAACACAACCCGGACACAUAACGCGAAACGACUGCGUAUGCACAAUGUGCCGAACACUACGAGAAGAACAGCAAUGCGAACACCCAGACGCAUGCGCAAAACGAGCAAUUGAACUCAUAAACCAACUACCGACAAAGUGGAACCCGAGAUCACCACAGCCGGAAGACAUAGAAGAACAACAAAGACAAAAUCGCGAAGAAAACCAAAACAACGAGCCUGAUCAAAAUGACGCACAAAUGGAGAAUGCGCCAGAACAAGAACAGGGUGAAUACGACACAGAACAAGAUGAUAAACACCCUGACUGGGAAAUCUUCGACCCCAUCAUAACAACACACGGCUCCCUGGGCGAUAUCUUCAGAGUAUUCACCACAGGCGAGACGACCAACGAAGUGAUGAACAAACAAUUAUACGCCCAAACAGACAAAGCAAUAAAGAUGGCGACGGAUGGAUCAUGCAUAGAAAACGAAAACACAAAACAGGCCGGAGCCGGAGGCUUCGCCGGAGAACAAAACCCGAUAAACUUCUCAAUACGAAUACCCACGAGCAUAAGACAAACGAACCAAACGGGCGAACUGAUAGCCACG